AUGUUUUGUCCUAUCUUACCUUUGUCCUUGAUCUUCCAAAGAGUAAAUGUAGUUGGCGCUCGUAACCUACUCCCCUCGGCUAGAAAAAUCAAGACAACACGGGCUUUUAUAAAUACAUACACAUGGUCAAUUAUCCACGAUCAUCUCGCCGACGAGAACUCUCCAAUCCUUAACCAUCCUGCUCAGAAGCGCGUCUACACAGCUGAAGCUGAAGCGGAGAUCCUCGCUUCUAACCGAGAGAAUGGAAACUCGUCCAUGUUAACUGUCUCAGUACGUCCCGCUACCGUCUUCGGAGAGCGCGACACUAUAACGAUGGGCAACAUUAUAGCUAAUACUAGACAGGGAAAAGCUGAGAUCCAAAUGAGCCCCAGAGCUAAUAUCUACGGCUUCGUCUAUGUUUCCAACGUUGUUUAUUUCCAAAUACUUGCCGCCGAGGCCCUCGUACGCGCAAUAUGGAAAUCCUCCUCCACCAUCUGCAUUGUGCCUAUCAUCGGCGAGUGGACGACUUGGCUUCGAACUUCUGGUAAGGGGCAUCCUAUUGUUACCCGUGAGGUAGUUCGCCUAGUAACCAUAACACGCAUUCUCAAUGGCGAAAGGUCGAAUCGGGUCCCAGGUUACAAACCAGGGGUUAGUAUGGGCGAAGGCCUUGCGAAAGCCGGAGAAUGGUUUAGGAAAGAAGCUGAGAGACCAGUGGGGAAGAAGAGCGCCUCAGUCGUGGUUAUAUGA